ACCCCAGAGCAGGCGGCCGUUAGGCGCGUGCCUGGUGAGGCCGGGGCCCGGGCCUGCGCUCCGGUGCCGGUUCCCUGGGACCCGCUCCAUGAUACCCCCUCCCUGGUACUCCCUCCCCGCCUCGCCGGGGGCGCAGCGUGAGGCGAGAGGCAGACCCUUGUGUGAGGGCGGGCCAUGCCAGGCCGAGCUCGCAGCUGGCCGCUGCGCAGAGCGUGCGGUAACGGGGAGUCUUCAGAACGGGGAGUAACGGGUGCCCCAGCGCUCAAGCAAGGAUGCCUUAAGAAGAUAACCAUGGAUAAAUACAUUAAAGUGAGAAAGAUUGGAGAAGGGUCCUUUGGGAAAGCAAUUCUUGUCAAAGCUAAAGAAAAUGGCCAGCAGUAUGUUAUUAAAGAAAUAAACAUCUCUAAGAUGUCAAAUAAGGAGAGAGAAGAAUCAAGGAGAGAAGUUGCUGUAUUGGCUAAUAUGAAACAUCCAAAUAUUGUCCUGUAUAGAGAGUCAUUUGAAGAAAAUGGUUGUCUCUACAUUGUGAUGGAUUACUGUGAAGGAGGAGACCUAUUUAAAAAAAUAAAUGCCCAGAAAGGAAUCUUAUUCUCUGAAGAUCAGAUUCUGGAUUGGUUUGUACAAAUCUGUCUAGCACUAAAACACAUACAUGAUCGAAAAAUCUUGCAUCGGGACAUAAAGUCACAGAAUAUAUUUUUAACAAAAGAUGGAACAAUACAGCUGGGAGAUUUUGGAAUCGCCAGAGUCCUUAACAGUACCGCUGAGUUGGCUCGCACUUGCAUAGGAACACCAUACUAUUUGUCACCUGAAAUAUGUCAGAACAAACCUUACAACAAUAAAAGUGAUAUCUGGGCCCUUGGUUGUGUUCUCUAUGAAAUGUGCACCCUUAAACAUGCGUUUGAAGCUGGUAACAUGAAAAACUUGGUACUGAAGAUAAUCUCUGGACCUUUUCCUCCUGUUUCUAUGCAUUACUCCUAUGACUUACGUAAUCUGCUAUCACAGUUAUUCAAAAGAAAUCCUAGGAAUAGACCAUCAGUAAACUCCAUAUUGGAGAAAAACUUCAUAGCCAAAAGGGUUGAAAAAUUUCUCACACCGCAGCUUAUUGCAGAGGAAUUCAAUCACAAAAUCUUCCAGAAGUUUGGAUCACAUGCUGCAUCAGCAAAAAGACCAGCUCAAGAACAAAUACUGGCUUCAGUUGCACCAGCUCAGAAAAUUACCAAACCUGCUGCAAAAUAUGGAGUGCCUUUAGGGAUCAGGAAGUCUAGUGAUGCACCUAAAAAGCCAAAUGAGAAGAAGCUAUUGGCUAAAUCUAGACAGGAACCUUCAAAAAAGAAAAGGUUAGAAUUGCCUGAAAAAGAAAAACGCCAGAGAGAUCAGAUCAGUUUACUGAAGGCAGAUGAAAUGAGAAGAUUGGAAAAAGAAAGGAUGGAACGAAUAAACAGAGCCAGGGAACAAGGAUGGAGGAAUGUGCUUGGUUCAGGUGGAAGUGGUGAUGUUAAGGCACCACAUUAUGGCGGUAGAGGUGGUGUUGGUCCUUCUCCUGUGUCUUCCAGAGGACAGUAUGAGCACUAUCAUGCUAUUUUUGACCAGAUGCAACAGCAAAAGGAAAACAUAAGAGUAGCUGAAGAGAGGGAAGCCAAAUGGAGGGUGAAAGUACAAGGUCGAGAAGUUGUUGAAAGAGGAAUUCCACCUGGAAUACGUCCAGGAGUUCCUAAGGGGCCUGCAGGUCAUCACCAUUUACCUGAUGCUGGUGCAGUUAGGAAAAAAAUGAAAAGAUUGAAGGAGGUGUCUAAACAAGCCUAUGCAAACAGGCAAAAAGGAUGGAUAUCUGCAGAUAGAGCAAAGCAAGUUGAAGAAUUUUGGCAACGAAAGAGAGAAGCCAUGGAAAACAAAGCUCGAGCUGAGGGACACAUGGGUACACUGCAAAGCGUGGCAGAUACCUAUGGAGCCAGGUCCAUUUCUGCAAGAGGAAGGAAAUCCAGAAACAAGGAGGAAGAGGAAUAUUUGGCACGAUUAAGACAGAUCCGGCUACAAAACUUCAAUGAGCGUCAACAGAUUAGAGCAAAACUUCGUGGAGAAAAGAGUGAAGCUGCCAGUUCUGAUGGACAAGAAUCAAGUGAGGAAGCCGAACUAAAACGCAAAAAGAUAGAAGUGCAGAAGGCCCAAGCAAAUGCUCGAGCUGCGGUUCUGAAAGAACAAUUAGAACAAAAGAGAAAGGAAGCAUAUGAAAGAGAGAAAAGAGCCUGGGAAGAACAUCUAAUAGCUAAAGGGGUAAAGAAUCCUAAUGUGCCUUUUCAUGUGGGAGCUACAGAACACAGUCCUGUGCCUGGACAACAGGACCUUGGAACAGCUCUUCCUAAGCCACGACUUCCAGUGAAGCCUGGUACUCCAGUCAUCUCCAUGACUUCUGCCUUGAAAGAAGUGGGUGCGGAUGAAAAUGUAACUACUGGACCCCAGGAAGCUGAGGAGGAAGCUAAAAAGCCAGAUUUUGCAAUGCAAAAUAAACGAGAAAUACUGAGAAGAUUGAAUCAAAAUCUUAAAUCUCAGGAAGACGAGAAAGGAAAAAAGGAGUGUAAAAAUAUCUCCGAAUCAUCUGGGUCUGAAGAUGGUAAGGAACAACAAAAGGGUGACCAUCCACUUCUAGGGGAUCGCAAAAAAUGGGAAUCUGCGGCAGCUGAGUUGGUAGUUCCUCUAGCUCAGUUAUCAAUGGAAGAUUCUCUCUCCAGAACAGAUGGUCAAACUCUGGGUGAAGUAAUUAGGUUAGAUAAUAGCGAACCCCAUAGGAAAGUAUGGGGCAAAAGCCCUACUGAUUCAGUCCUGAAGAUCCUAGGAGAAGCAGAGUUGCAGUUGCAAACCGACUUACUCGAGGAACUAGAUACAAUAAAUGGUACUGGAGAAGUCCUUGAAGAUCAUCAGUCCUUAGUUGUAGAAGAGGAGAAAGAAGAGAAACCUUCUUCUACUAUUGGAGCUCAGUCUUCAGUACCAGCUGGUGUCACAGAGUCUGACAUGACUAUUCCAGAAGAAUCUCAGAAAGCUGAACCUACUCAGGUGCAGAGCAAACCUGUUACUCUGGAUGAGCCUGAUGAUUUAGAAGCAGAGAUGUUGGAAGAAACAGAAGAUAAAAAGCACCAGAGUAAGGAGAGUAAGGAAUUUCCCAUCACUGUUUAUGAAGUAUGGGUAAAGGAGAAUGAGGAUAAGGCACAGUAUGACAGAAGAAAUGAGGUAGCCUCUGAGAAACUAGCGCUUGACAAGGUGCAACUACAAAAGGAAGCUCCAGAAGAAACUUGUUCCAGUGACUGUCUGCAACCUGAACCCUUAUUCCAGAGGGUGAUACAACCCACAGUUGUACCAACAGUCUCACCAGUUAUGUCAGCUCAGUCUUCACAGGAAGAGCCGUUUGUACCUCGUUCACGUUCCAUAUCACCAGCAAAAAAUAAAGGCAAAAAUUCAUUGUUGAUUGGACUUUCUACAGGGCUUUUUGAUGCAAACGACCCAAAGAUGUUGAGAACAUGUUCACUUCCAGAUCUUUACAAGCUGUACAAAACUUUAGUUGAUGUUCCUAGUGUAGCAGAUGUGCAACAUCAACAUAAUCUUGAAACAGAUGAUACAGAAGAUGAGCAAGCCAAAGAAGGACCCUCUGAUUCUGAGGAUAUUAUGUUUGCAGAGGCAGAUACUGAUUUGCGGGAACUCCGGGCCUCAAUGGAACAGUUGCUUAGGGAGCAGCCUAGUGAGGAAUUCAGUGAAGAGGAGGAGUCUACUUUAAAGGCCAGUGUCAUCAAAUGCAUGACAAAUGGUACAGAGCUGGAUGAAGGAGAUGAAAAUAACCCCAGCAGUGAAAGUGCACUUAAUGAGGAAUGGCAAUCAGAUAAUAGUGAUGGAGAGAUUGGCAGUGAAUAUGGAGAAUGUGACAGUAUCUUCAGCCAUCUGGAAGAGUUGAGAUAUAACCUGGAACAGGAAAUAGGCUUUGAUAAAUUCAUUGAAGUUUAUGAGAAAAUAAAGGCUAUACAUGAGGAUGAAGAUGAGAGCAUUGAUAUUUGUUCAACCAUAGUUCAGACUGUUCUUGGAAAUGAACACAAACACCUGUAUGCCAAAAUACUUCACCUGGUAAUGGCAGAUGGAGCCUACCAAGAAGAUAAUGAUGAAUAAACCUGACUCAGGAAAUUUCUUAAUGCUGUACUACAUACUGCUGUUUGAAGUCUGCACAGCUUAAGAACAAACUGUAGUGGAGAAUGUAACAUGGAGCAAGGGAGGCAAGACUUCAAAAAAGAAUGUUGAUUGUAUGAAAAAGAGGAAAAACAUGCCUUUUGAAACUGAUAUACAGUUCUCUUGUGUGUCUGUGUUCAUACGUGUUCAUUAAAUAUUAGAUGCCCAAAAUCAACAAACAAAACAAAAAACCCCAAAACUUGUCAUCUCUAAAUUCUAGACAAAAUAUAGAAAAGAAUACUUCUAGAUAUUAUGAUACAAAACUGAGCCCUCUAAUGUAAAACAAAAUUUAUGCCAUAUCAACAGUUGGCUGGUACAGAUAAGCAUUUGGAAGCAUUGCUGUGUUUUAUAAGUACCCACUUCUAGCUAUUCACUUACAUAUUUAAAAUAGCCUCUUGUUACACCUAUAAAAAGAAAUUACUUAAUUUUAAUGACCCUCAUGAUUGUAUUUUAAAACAGCUUAAUCCAGUGUUCCAGUUUGAGUAUUUCAGUUUUUUCUUAAUAAAAAAAUAAUAAUUCUGUUUUGAAGCAGGAGGCUUCUGUCACUUUUUAACAGAUGUAAUCUGAAAUAUUUUAAUGGUGUUUCUAAAUCAAGGAAAACUGGUUCUUCAGUCAUCAUUGAAAUGUUUGGGAUUUUUUGAGACUAUAAAAUUCAUUUGACCCUAGAAUAGUUUUUUCAAAUAUUUUUUUCCACUCGUCCCCAACCCCUUCACAAAAUCACAAGUAUUAAGCACUCCUGAAUUUUGUAAUCUGGUCAAUGAUAAUUCAGUAUGCUGUUGAGUUGAAAGGAGUAGGUGUUUCCCAGUUUGUCUUCAAAUUCUUACUCUUAUGCUCAUGGCUCCAGCAGCCCUGGGGGGAAAUAAAAUAUUGCAGGCACAAGUGCUAUGUAAUAGUUCUCAUCUAUUGGCUCAUGGUUUGUAGCUUGAUUUACCCCACUCUGAAAUUAAAAAAACAGGUUUCUUCUGACCUCCAUUUCCUUGUUCCUCCUAUCCAAAUAGAACUGUACAGCACAUACAUAAGGUAUGCUGCUGGUUUCCAGUCCGGAACAGCUUUAUUGGCUUACCCAUGCAGUAAGUCGCUUGCUAUGAAUCUGAUGAACUGUCAAACUUCCAGCUGCCCUAUUGGAAUAUUUUUUUUUCAGCUACAGCCAGUCACAGUCUAAAACAUUCAAA